ACCCUCUCGCCAGUGAAGGCAGCGGCGAGUUUGGAUCACCGGUUUGGAUAGGCGUCACGUGCAAACUGAAACGUAACUCCAGAGGCGUAAGAACUUCAACAAGUAGCGAGAACUUCCCUGAGAGUCGAGGUUACCUGCGUGGGUAGGACGCUACACCGUAUGAUAUAUUGAGGAAAUACAAUGUAUGGAAUUUUAUAUUUUUGAAUUGAAGAUUACAAAGAAAGGAAACCACAAAUGCCAAAAGAAGUUGCUUCACACACAGUGUUACAACUAUGUAACCGGAGCUUUCAAAGUUGAAGUUCUAAUUAAAAACUAUACAGAAAACGUCCAUAACCUUUCAAUGACCGUUUUUGUUUUCAAAAAACUAGAUAUACACUAAUUUUUUACCUCUCUGACUGUGUACUUUUCUCUGUUUUGCUCUAUUUUUUGCGACGAAGAUGUGUGCGCACGAAGCUUAUUCAGGGAGGGCGACCCUUUCCUUUCUGGUUCUAGUGCUCUGUGUCCCGCGCGGUUUGGCAUUCUCCGUCGCCGGACAAGUGAACACCUGUGAAGCCAACGGCAGUGUAUAUUACGUGGGAGAAUGGUACUUUCUGGACUCGGACCAUUGCACGCAAUGCGAAUGUACCGCUGAGGGGUCGGCGUGCGCCAGGACGGAGUGCACUUCUCUCCCGGCAGCUUGUAUUCACGUUAGCCACUACCCGACCGACUGCUGUCCGAGAUGCGAGAGGAUAGGCUGCGAAUACAGGGGAGAUGUGUACGAGCUGGGAGAAAACUUCCAGCCCUCGGAGUGCGAGCAGUGCACGUGCGACAGCGACGGAAUCGCCCGCUGCCUGGUGGCGGACUGCGCCCCCCCGCCCUGCGUCAACCCCGUCUACCAGAAGGGGAAGUGCUGUCCGGAGUGCAGAGAGGGUCCAAACUGCUACACAGAUGGCACCCGGACCCGAGUGAUCCCGGGGGGCGAGCCCGUGUGGGUCGACUCCUGCACCAAGUGCCGUUGCCACGACGGCCAGGAAGCAGGGUACUGGGAGGGCAACCGCGUGGCCAUCUGCGCCCGAGUCCGCAACUGCACCCCCGAAGAGGGGCACUAGCCCAACUGAUAGACUCGAAACAAGAGCCUUCAAAGCGCUAACCCCUAGAUCUGCUACAGUACAUAUCACAUGUGUAACCAUAUGUAUUUUUGCCCCCUGACCAGUACCACAGGGGCUGUUUUAGUUACCUGGAUGUUUAAAUGGGAUGCAGUAUUUCGGGCAGGUUACAGUAGGUUACCUCAUUCGGUACAUUUUGAAAGUCGGUUAGUGUUUCAUCCACAAAGAAUGUUUCAUGUCAACUGAGAAAUUGUAGGGCUGGAAAAGGAAAAGUGGAAAGGAGAAAUGAGCUGUUCUCCACAGCUGCAUCGGUACAAGUAAGAAUGGUCAGAAGUCAGUGUAAGCUUUAUUAACUAUGGCAUUUUGGAUCAGUCAACACCUCCCAGUCAGUCUCUCUUAAAAAUGUAUCUUUUGCUUUUCUUUUAUUUAAAUGACAUGAAUGAUCCUCAACAUGAGCAUUAGAACUAGAACUUGUGACUU